UUCCUCGAAAUAAUGGAGGCGAAACCGCCAGUCACCCGCUAUUCUCCGCUGGAAGUGGAACGGGAGCACGUCCCUCCAGUUCUCCACCAACACCGCUCCAGCUCCCAGCAAGGCCGAAAACCCCAACCAGUCCCCAUCCGCUCAGCCCAGCCACGCCCCGACGCCCCGGCAAUUUCUUCCUGCGUGCGUGCGUGCGUGCCCCCAGCCCGCCUCGAGCCUUCACGCCGCCACCGACCAACGGGCGCCGGCAGCCCGGCACCAUGUCGUCCUCCGGCGCCGACGCCUCCGACCUCGACGCCGCGCUCGCCCUCCUCUCCGGCCCGGAGCUCGUGGCGCAUCUCCGCGCCACCUGCCGCAGGGCGGACUACGACGCGGCCGCGCGGGUGCUCGGCGACCGCGACCGCUGGCUUGCCAAGGCCGAGGCUGCGCUCGCCGAGGCCCGGACGGGCCUGGCGGACUUGACGGCGGAAGUCCAGGCCCAGCAGGAGCGCUACGAGCUCGAGGCGGCAAGACGCAGGCCGAGCAGCCGCUCCUCGGGUGGCGCGAUCGCGGCCGCGUUGCCGCGGGUCGACCAGCGCGCUGGGGAGCCGGGCCCGAAAGGCGUUAUUGACCUCUGCAACAGCAGCGACGACGACGAGUUGGAGGAGGGGCGAGAAUUCCGCCCCGAUGUCGCGGGGGUUUCUUGCAAGCGAAAGCAGUCCGCGUCCAGGGCCGAGGAAGGGCGCCGCGCAGGGGUUUCUUGCAAGAUGAAGGCACCCGCGUCUGCGUGCUCGCCCGACAAUGAGGACGACGAAAUCCCGCUCAGCCAGCUUAUCAAGAAGCGGAGGAGAACUAAGCCUUGGGCUAAUGGCGAACCCAAGAAGGGGCAUAGAGAUGUGCAGGCGAAUUCUGCUGGACCUUUGGGGGUUGAUCGGCCUGUGAUUUCUCACGUGAACAGGGGAAUCCCCGAAGCAGUCGCUGAGCACAUGGUUGGUAGCUCUAAUGAUCCAAAGGUGGCGGAUUUCGUGCAGGGGACUGAGAAUGGUCGAUCGGGAAAGAAUGGGGGAUUUUUCACGACAAUGCCGAGUCCUCCGCCCACUGGUUCCACUGCUAGGAAGAGCCCGCGCAAGAACUGCUCCAAGCCCGAUGGCUGUGAAGGCCAAGCGAGGACUCGUGAGAAACAAGGUCCUGUGAUUUCUCCCGUGAACAGGGGAAUCCCCGAAGCAGUCGCUGAGCACAUGGUUGGUAGCCCUGAUAAUCCAAAGGUGGCAGUAUUCGUGCACGGGAUUGGCAAUUGCCAAUCGGGGAAGAACGGGGGAUUGUCCAGGACAAUGCCGAGUCCUAAGGCCACUGAUUCCACUGUUGGGAACAGCCCGCACAAGAACUGCUCCAAGCCCGAUGGCUCUGAAGGUCGAGCGAGUUCAUUGCCUUCAGCAGUUACAAGACACUGGAAAUCUUCUUCAGCUGUUUUUAGCUCAUUCCUAGGAAAUAAGGAUCUCUGUAUGCAAGCUGCUUGUGCUCUUCAUCGCCAGAGAAAGUUUACGACUCAGUCAACUGAAGGAGGACGAAGUGGAUGUACUGGACUCAGCAAAUUUGAAGCACACAGGCUGGCUGUGUUGGCGGAAUUUCUUUUGGAUGGCAACCUUCAGGGACCGCUGAAAAGAACUGCUGAGGACCUAGAGGAGCGUGAUUCUACAGGGCAUGAUUUUCUUGAGAGAGUAGUAGUGCAAUGCUGUGAGCAAUUGUUCAAUAUUUACAAGAACAAAGAAGAUAAAUACUUCUGUUGAAAGCGGCAAAACUGUAUCUGGUAAGGUUUGCACAACUUAUCGUAUGGAAAGGGGUUACUAUGUUUUGUUAUGAUAAUGUGAUGUAUAUAGCCCAUGCUGAAACUAAUCAUCUUGAUGGAUUAGAACGGGUAGCAUUUGUAGAAGUUGCAGUGACUCUAUUUGUUUACUUGCAUUGUGUUUAGGAAUAUCACACUGAGUGAGCUCAUAAGUCAUAACUGCCUAUGGUAUAUGCACCUUUUAUUUUCCACUCACCCUGAGUCGAUAAGAGAUUAUAUCUGGUGCUACCGUUUUACCAAACACGAUAGCACCUAAGCCGGCGCAUGAAAAAAUACAAAAAAAAAGAUGGAUAGAGGCAAUCCACUAUAAGCAUGCAAACAUUUGAGUUUGAACAAAAACUUGUGGUAAGAGAAACAGGCACUUGAAUAGUGUGUGCUGCAGACUCAGAAGAGUGUUGGCGAGAGGUUUCCUUUUCUAUUUCUGAAAACAGAAUCAAGAGGAUUUGUUGCUAAUGCUAACGGAAAAUGUUAGCAGGAGUGCCACUGUUUGUUGGAGCAGGAUUCUGUAAGGAAGCCGCUUAUCCAUUGAUAAGCUUUAUUCUGUGGGUUACAUUCUUGGUUUUAGCGACUAUUUCAGAUUCGGAUUAUCAUUCUGUGAGAUUCUUUUUGUUGGCUGUGCAUGACAUAGUUCUCUGAUCUGGUGUCCCUGGUACGUUUCCUUGGGGAAAAUUUCCCAUCCUUGCCUUUGCAGAUUGCUAAAACUGGAUUUUCAGCCUGGACCUGGCCAUGAUAGUUUGCCAUAUGCCUGUGUGGCUGUGUUUGAUUUUCCUUUGUACGAGUUCACUCGGAGAGCAGAGGUUGGAAACACACGAAGGUUCCUUAUUUUGCAAUUGAAAAUUAGGGCCUAAUUGGUAGAGCUUCAUCAUAGAUCCACCGUGAAUCUGGGAUUCAAUGAAGUGUUUAUGUAUAGCUCUAGUGUUUCUUUCUGUCUCACUGACAUCUAGACCCACAUGUCAGGGGCAUAUAAUAAAAUAAAAGAAAACCAUAGCCUUCUUCCUCUCGACGACUCAGUGCCAAGCAAGGUCGGGCUUGCGGCCAUGGCCGGACACGGGCGCGGCCGGGGGCGCGGAGGCAAGGGCACUUGGGGCGCCGGCGUAGGCAGGGCCGGCGGCCAUGGUCGGGGGCAUGGAGGCAAGGCCGGCGGGCGGCGGCCACAGCUAGGGGCAUGGAGGCAGGGGCGUGCGCGGCCAGGGGUGCAGGCACGACGGGCACGGCCCUAGCUGGGCAUGGUGGCCAUCGCACGGAGCCGGUGGCAACGCACGGGGAGCCGGUGGAGGGGCAGAUCCACCAAAUGGUGGAUCAGAUUCGACUAUUCGAGCUUGUGGAGCUGGAAACAUUUGGCAAAAAAAAAAGAAAAGAAAAGAAAGGAUCUGAAUCUGUUUUUUUGAAUCUGGCAAUCUCUAACAAAUGAUAUUCACUAUCUAGCCAUCUAUUAGCAGGUGGAUCCAAUUAGCAACUAUCAUCUAUUAGCCAUGUAUCUAUUUGCCAGGGUGAUAUUUUUAUUAUGCUCGUAGCAUACCCAGAGCAAACUCUUUCUUUGAAGAUGGAUUUGCAGCGUUGAACCGAGGCCAACACAUUCCUGAAGAUGAUUGUCAUUCCGGAUUGUCUAAAUGGACCAACAUACAGUGAUCAUAAUUGCCAUGA